AGGGGCGGGGCGGGACUGCGCGCAAUCAGGGCAGCGCUUGAUGAGAAGUGUCCCGGAUAUUUACCUUCCUCUACCUGGAUCCUCGGACACGCUGCCCCUUCCCGAGGUGUCCUCGGCGGUCUCUCUCAUGUGUGUGACUCGUCUCUGAAGCGGGACGACUGAGGUCCCCUCACUCUGACGAGCUAAAGGGCCGCUGUGGUGGGGGGCAGUUACCGUGGUAACAGACAUGCCCAAACCGGACCUGCUCUGCCUGAUUCAGCUGCUGGACGGCACCAUCGAGACCUUCAGAGUAAAUAAGCAGGAUGAAGGCGUAGUUCUCUUGGACCAAGUGUGUGACCACCUGGGUCUGCAAGAGAGACAGCUCUUCAGUCUGCAGAUCAGAGAGUCCGGCACAGCCGUCCCCUCAAUCACAGCCAACACACACUCGCCUAGAUGGCUGGAGCCUGAGAAACCCUUGAAGAAGCAGAUAAAAGGUCUCGCUUAUCCCAUUUAUCUAAACUUCAGAGUGCGCUUCUUCAUUUCCGACCCCAACUCUCUGCAGCACGAACAGACAAGGCACCUUUACUUCCUCCAGAUCAGGAGCGAUGUUAAAGAGGGCAGGUUGCAGUGCCCGUUGAGUGCAGCUGUGGUGUUGGCCUCUUAUGCUGUGCAGUCCGAGCUGGGGGAUCACUGCCCAUCCCAGCAAAGCGGUUACUUGUCAAAAUGCCACUUCAUCCCUGAGCAGGAUGACGACUUCCUGUCCAAAGUGGAGGACCUGCAUCCACAGCAUAAGGGUUUGAAGCAAAGUGAAGCGGAGUUGUGUUUCCUCAACACGGCGCGGACGUUGGAGCUGUACGGAGUGGAGCUGCACACCGCCCUGGACACCAACAAUGCCCCUCUAAUGGUGGGCUUGGCAUCGAGUGGUGUUGCAAUAUUCUGUAAUAUGAUUUGCUCCAGUUUUUUCCCCUGGGCCAACAUCAUCAAGAUUUCAUUUAAGAGGAAACGCUUCCUUAUACAUCUCAAACGGAAACAUGGGGAGACCCAAGACUGCGUGGUGUCGCUGGUCCUGCCCUGUCCAAAGAACUGUAAGAACCUGUGGCGCUCCAGCGUGGAUCAUCACUCCUUUUUCAGCUGCAACCGGAACGCCAGGAGCCCCAAGCACAACAACAGCACGGCUCAUUCCUACAGGAAGUUGAUAACUCAUCACCUGGGCUUGGCCAACAGUAAAAAUGAAAGUGGUCCGGUGUGCCAACGCGUCGUAGGCGGGAUGGUGUGGAACCCCGUCCUGCGGAGAUCUAUUUCAUCCGAAUAUUUGGAGACCAAGAGCCUUCCGUCCAGAUCGCCCCCCAACACCCCCAACUGGCGGAGUCCACGCGUUCGCCACGGCAUCCGCAAAAUCCGCCCAUCGUCCAUGGAGCUGAGCGGCGAGCUGAAAGACGUGUGUGAAGGGGAGGACGUCUUCUACACAUACAGGACGUCCGUCAGCAGUAGCAAGGGCAGCGAGGGGGACGCUUCGCUGCAUCAACUCUCUGGUCUGUAUAACCACGGCAUGGACGAGGUCUUACAAGCUGACGACAGCACAGCAGAUGAGGAUGGAGUCAGUAGCUUCGUGUACAACAAGGCCCUGUGCGAUGGCGACCUGCUGCUAAUUCGCAUUGCUCCCGAUCACGAGGGCAAGUUUGGCUUCAAUGUUAAAGGUGGCGUGGAUCAGAAGAUGCCUCUAUCCAUAUCUCAAGUUAAAGCCGACUCGCCGGCCGGCCGAUGUGAGCCCAAACUGCUGGAGGGAGACCAGGUGGUUCUCAUCAAUGGUCGAGACAUUUCUGAACACACACACGACCAGGUGGUCAUGUUCAUACGGGCCAGCAGAGAGUCGCACUCCCGAGAGCUGGCCCUGCUCAUCAAACGCAAAGGUCCCGGCCGAGCGGCGGCUCUGCUCCAGCUGCCUCCCGCCCUCACCCUCGCCGGCCACUCCCAAGGAGACGGACCGCAGUCACCUGGCCAGAGGGUCACCACGUUGGACGAAUCCAUGCGACAGCUGGAGAGAGGGAUUCAGUCCGGCACUCUGUGCUUCCACUUUGAGAAUCUAUACAAGAGGAAGCCCGGCCUGUCCCUUUGCAGCGCUCGACUUCCAGAGAACAUGGAGAAGAAUCGCUACCGGGACAUUUUACCAUAUGACGCCACCAGAGUCACUCUCCAGGGCCAGGAGGACUACAUCAACGCCAGCCACAUCACGUUGGCGCCUCCGGUGUCUGGUGUGUGUUUACGUUACGUUGCAGCUCAGGGUCCAUUGCCACACACCUGCAGUCACUUUUGGCAGACUGUUUGGGAGCAACAGUCUCACACCAUCAUCAUGCUUACAACUCUGACCGAGAGGGGGCGGACCAAGUGCCACCAGUACUGGCCGCAUCCGCCUGAGGUGAAGGAUUACGGCCACAUGCGGGUGAAGUGUCACUCGGAGGAGUGCAACCUGGCCUACGUGACGCGGCGGUUCACACUCACCCACACUAAGCGGGGUGAGGAUCGUGCAGUCACACACCUGCAGUACGUGGCGUGGCCCGACCACGGUGUACCCGAAGACCCUUCCGACUUCCUGCUGUUCGUCAGCUCGGUCAGGGAGAGGAGACGAGCUGAAGAGCCUCUCAUGGUGCACUGCAGCGCCGGGAUUGGACGGACAGGUGUUCUGAUCACCAUGGAGACGGCUCUGACGCUGUUGGAUAGGGGGCUUCCGGUGUUCCCGCUGGACGUUGUGAAAACACUGAGGGAUCAGCGAGCCAUGAUGGUUCAGACUACGUGUCAGUACCAGUUUGUUUGUGAGGCUAUCCUGCGAGUCUACAAGGAGAAGCAAGUGGGAUCUCCGGCCUCGUAGAUCCAAAAUCAGAAACAGCACCAGAGGAAAUUGAGCCUCAUAACUUCCACUCAAGUGACUCCCACCGAGGGGGCUGACAAGCACCGCAAGAGAUUAACCUCUGUCGUGCCUGCGGGGCCCGCUUGCACAGUCUGGAUGAGAAUGAUGCAGCGUCCAAAGCACAGCUGGAUGUGAGCUAUGUAGCCGAGAUCAAAUAGGACACUUUGAAUCUUUACACUCGUCUGCCUUAUUAGAUUCCGCAAUAAGCUUGUACAGGACAGGAGACGUAAAACAAGGACGCUGCUAAGCUCGGAGCUCAACUUGUUCAAAGAGGGCAGUGGGAUACUUCCAAUAUAACGUGUGGAUUAAAGUGUGUGUUUUAGUAGAGCCUGGCUGGAGAUCACUACAGAAGAUACUGUGUGGGGUACUGUGGUGUUGCUGACACUGUUGUGGAGCAGCACCCACUUUCCACUUAAAUUAUUCUCAUAAUAAAAAAAUGAUUUGUA